AUACUGUUUAUCAUAUACAUGUGCAUUAUUAAUAGUCAAGUUCAGUUCAUUCUACUAUAUAUCCUCUAGGAUGUGCCAUACCUCUUUAUGAACUGCGAAAGAAGUUCAGCUCUGUCCGUUAGGUUUAUUGUUGCCUGCUCAGCCAAUCAUUGAAUCUGACGACACAAUAGAGAGGCCAAAGUUGCGGUAUAAAAAGCCUUGCCGAAUUUUAAGCAUGACAUCUCUUUGGCUGGUGCGUGGUGAGGUUUAUUUCCAUAGCAAAAUCAAACCAAAUCAAACAUCGCAAACAUCCACCGUCUUAUACCACGUCUUGGAACAUGCAUUUUACGCAGGUUUUAAUUUCUCUAAGUGUUUUAAUUGCAUAUGGUCCAGUGGGUCAAGGAGAUAUAACGGCGGUGAACCAGCAGCCUUCCACAGUUACGGAGGAAAGCGAGCAGUGUUCCACAUGUGAGUUUAGACAACACAGCAAGCUGAUGAGACUGCAUGCCAUCAAGUCCCAAAUUCUAAGCAAACUGCGACUCAAACAGGCUCCGAACAUCAGCCGAGACGUGGUCAAGCAGCUGUUACCCAAAGCGCCGCCUUUGCAACAACUUCUGGAUCAGUACGAUGUGCUUGGGGAUGACAGCAAGGAUGGGACUAUGGAAGAGGAUGAUGAACAUGCCACCACAGAGACCAUCAUGACUAUGGCCACAGAGCCUGACCCCAUCGUUCAAGUAGAUCGGAAACCGAAGUGUUGUUUUUUCCCCUUCAAUCCGAAGAUCCAGGCGAACCGGAUAGUGAGGGCGCAGCUCUGGGUUCAUCUGAGACCGGCGGAGGAGGCGACCACCGUCUUCUUACAGAUAUCGCGGCUCAUGCCCGUUACGGACGGAGGCAGACACAUACGAAUACGAUCCCUGAAGAUCGAUGUGAAGGCUGGGGUCACGUCUUGGCAGAGUAUAGACGUCAAGCAGGUGCUCACGGUGUGGUUAAGACAACCGGAGACCAACUGGGGCAUAGAGAUUAACGCGUACGAUGCGAAAGGAAACGACCUGGCCGUCACCUCAGCGGAGACUGGAGAGGAUGGACUGCUCCCCUUUAUGGAGGUCAAAAUCUCUGAGGGCCCAAAGCGAAUCCGGAGGGACUCUGGACUAGACUGCGAUGAGAAUUCGUCAGAGUCUCGAUGCUGCCGUUACCCUCUCACCGUGGACUUCGAGGACUUUGGCUGGGACUGGAUUAUUGCUCCGAAACGCUACAAGGCGAAUUACUGUUCGGGAGAAUGUGACUACAUGCACCUGCAGAAGUAUCCCCAUACCCAUUUGGUUAACAAGGCCAACCCGCGAGGCACCGCCGGACCCUGCUGCACCCCCACCAAGAUGUCUCCCAUCAACAUGCUUUACUUCAACGGCAAGGAGCAGAUCAUCUAUGGCAAGAUCCCCUCAAUGGUAGUAGACCGUUGCGGCUGCUCGUGAACCAUUGCCCACACAGGACUCAAACCGUUUCAAAGACCCGGACAUCUGAUCACACCACCCACCAUCCAUUAGCAGUGCUUUCCGCAAGACACUGUGCAAUAGAAGGACACUCACUCGCUCUCUGGGCACUGCUUCAUUUGACUUUGUUUUUUGUCUUCCUUUAAAUCAGUAUCUCUGCCACAGGAGUCAAUGUCACAUGGAUGUACUGGAAUGUCAUACUGGUUGGACUUGGGAAUGGACACUAUUGAAAUCUAUGACAUUACCAUUACCGUUUUCACCUUUUCCAUAUACUCUCAUUAGUGCAUAAUGGAUACGCAGACAACGUACAAAAAAUUUUAUUACACAAACACUCCAAAAUCACACCAUCAUUUAGAUCUUUGCUGUAACAGCUGUGUUAAACUACCGGUGAGCUUGUUUAAAAAGAGUAUCCAAGAGAAACAGAAAGAGACUCAAGGACUUUAAACAGAGCGUGAAAAACAUGCCUGAAAAGUUUUGGUAACCUAUAUAUAUAUUUUUUGUUUUUUGCAAUUUUUGUUGUUUUUCUAAUAGGGCAGCGUAGAGAGACAAGAAAGCAGGGGAUAGAGAUGGGGGAAGGAGAUCAGGACAUGACCCAGGCCAGAAUCAAACCCAGGUCACCCUGAGCCAACAGCUCACAUACAUGUCCUGGACAAGUGUGCUACUGUCUGCACCACUCGCUCCAACAAGUUUUGAUAAUCUAAAGCAAACUUCCAUGUACAUUACAAUAAACACAAGACUCGCGAUCCGAUUUAAUCGUUAAUUGUAGCUUUUGUCCAUUAUUCAUCUGUUGAACAGCCCUACACACUUGAAGAAUUGUUGAAAAAUCAGCAUUAGCGGACAGAAGGACUUGAAGCAGAGGCACUUUGAAUGCAGUCUACACAUUGAAAUGUGUUAAAAGACAGAGAAAUCUGAACUAUAAGAAUGAAUGUUAAUUUCACACUAACACUCUGUCUUCAAACCACACACUUUGCACUAUGGCAGACCAAUAGAAAGGAUUGGUUGCUAAAAUGUUGUAAAAAAAAAAAAAAAAAAACUGAUUUUGAUACGUUUGCUAAUUGUAUUGUAUACUUGCCAUUGUUUCCAUUAACAGUUGCCUUUUUUAACCACUGUUAGUAAAUGUAUAAGAACACAAAUUAGCAAAAAAGAAGUGUACAAUAUAAAUCUAUGUAUCUGUUCUUCAAAUAAAGGUGCUUGCUUUAUA